CGCACCUCUCACGUAUUGAGAGAGAAGAUUUUUCACAGAGAGAAGAUUUUUCAGAGAAAGAGAGAGAGAGAGAGAGAGAGAGAGAGCGAUGGAGAGCUUCUUCUAUGGCGAUCCAUGGAACCCUAGACGCCCCCGCUACGCCGCUCCGACCCCCGAUCCGAAGCCGAAACCGAAGCCGAGGGUCGUCUCGAUCCCCGUCCACUGCGUCGACUCCGACGCCACGGCGGCGCCGCCGCCGCCUCGGAGGGUGGUGCGGCAGGAGGAGGCGGCGUUGAGGAUACAGAGGGUGUUUCGGGGGUUCCUGGUGCGGAGGGACCUGGAGCGGGUGCGGCGGAUCGCGGCGGAGGUGGACGAGGCGGAGCGGAGGAUCCCGGCGGAUGCGGCGGCGAUCGGGGCCGACGCGAGGGAGAGGGUGAGGGUGGGGGAGAUGCUCAUGGGGCUGCUCCUGCGUCUGGACUCGGUGCGCGGGGUGAGGGAGUAUCGGAGGAAGGUGAUCCGGCGCGUGAUCGCGCUUCAGGAGGCCGUGGAUUCGAUCCCCCCCGCCGAUUCCGCGGUCGAAACCCCGAAUUCCGAAACCCUAGAAGACGCCAUGGACGAAACCCCUAAGAGAUCGGAUCUUCACGGCCAAGAAGAAGAAUCUGAGUCAGGGGACGAGGAAGACGCUCCCAAUUCGGCCCCAAUGGAGGCGGAGAUCGCCGCCGAUGACUCCUCCUCGCAAAGAUCGGAUCUUUGCGGCGUCGGCAUUGCCCUCCCAAUGGAGGGAGCCCUAGAAGAGGAGGAGGAGGAGGGGAGGAGGAGAGGAGCAGGGGGGAUGGAGAGGUUGGUGGCGGAGCUCUGCGAGAGGAGCGCGGAGCAGUGCCGGAUCAUGGCGGGGUUGGUGGAGAGGGUGGAGAGGUUGGAGCGUGCGAUGCGGAGGAUGGAGACGACGACGAAGAAGAAGAAGAAGAAGAAGAACACCGCAAAGCUAUUAGGGCAAAAAAGGGUGUGUUUUGAAUAACACCAUACAUACAAUGACCAUGAUGAUGAUGAAGUGUUUUAGAUGUGCAGUUUUUUUUUUUUUUUUUUUUUUUUUUUUUUUUUUUUAAGGUUUUUUGAAAUAUUUGGAUUACUUUUGUGGUUUUCUUUUAUGCACACAUCUUCUAUACAGGACACAAGUUUUUGAGUGCGAUUUUGCAAAUAAUUGGUUUGCGUUUGAGUUUGUUUGAUUGA